GAGGAUCAUUCUUGAGGACUGAGCUCAGGAUCCCUAAAAAGAAAGUUGGAAAAUAGCUGGAUAAACUUGAUCAUGAUGAGGACCUAGGGCAUCUGCCUGCUGACCCCCUAGCCUGCAGUGACCAUGGCCCCCCGCAAGAGGAGCCGCCAUGGCCUGGGCUUCCUGUGCUGCUUCGGGGGCAGUGACCUCCCCGAGAUCAACCUCCGGGACAGCCACCCUCUGCAGUACAUCGAGUUCUCCAGCCCCAUCCCGAACCCUGAGGAGCUUAAUGUCCGCUUCGCAGAACUGGUGGAUGAAUUGGAUCUCACUGACAGAAACCGGGAGGCUAUGUUUGCACUGCCCCCGGAGAAGAAAUGGCAGAUCUACUGCAGCAAGAAGAAGGAACAGGAGGAUCCCAACAAGCUGGCGACCAGCUGGCCUGACUAUUACAUUGACCGCAUCAACUCCAUGGCUGCAAUGCAGAGUCUGUACGCAUUUGAUGAGGAAGAGACGGAGAUGAGGAACCAAGUCGUGGAAGACCUGAAGACAGCUCUCCGGACGCAGCCCAUGAGGUUUGUGACCCGCUUCAUCGAGCUUGAGGGCUUGACCUGUCUGCUAAAUUUCCUCCGGAGCAUGGACCAUGCCACCUGCGAGAGCCGCAUCCACACCUCCCUCAUUGGCUGCAUCAAGGCACUGAUGAACAACUCCCAGGGGCGAGCUCACGUGCUGGCACAGCCUGAAGCCAUCAGCACCAUCGCCCAGAGUCUGCGCACAGAGAACAGCAAGACCAAGGUGGCCGUGCUGGAGAUCCUGGGCGCUGUGUGCCUCGUGCCUGGUGGACACAAGAAGGUGCUGCAGGCCAUGCUACACUACCAGGUGUAUGCUGCAGAGCGAACGCGCUUCCAGACCCUGCUGAAUGAGCUAGAUCGCAGCUUGGGCCGGUACCGGGAUGAAGUAAAUCUGAAAACAGCCAUCAUGUCCUUCAUCAACGCUGUCCUCAAUGCUGGAGCUGGAGAGGAUAACCUGGAGUUCCGCCUACAUCUACGGUAUGAGUUCUUGAUGCUGGGAAUACAGCCUGUGAUUGACAAACUCCGGCAACACGAGAACGCCAUCCUGGACAAGCAUUUAGACUUCUUCGAGAUGGUCCGGAAUGAGGAUGACCUGGAGCUAGCCAGGAGGUUUGACAUGGUCCACAUCGACACAAAGAGUGCUUCCCAGAUGUUUGAGCUGAUCCACAAGAAACUGAAGCAUACUGAGGCCUACCCUUGCCUGCUCUCUGUCCUGCACCACUGCCUGCAGAUGCCUUACAAGCGGAAUGGUGGCUACUUCCAGCAGUGGCAGCUCCUGGACCGUAUCCUCCAGCAGAUCGUCCUCCAGGAUGAGCGGGGCAUGGACCCCGACCUGGCUCCCUUGGAGAACUUCAAUGUGAGGAACAUCGUCAACAUGCUCAUCAAUGAGAACGAAGUGAAACAGUGGCGUGACCAGGCAGAGAAGUUCCGGAAAGAACACAUGGAGCUGGUGAGCCGGCUGGAGAGGAAGGAGCGGGAAUGUGAAACAAAGACGGCGGAGAAGGAGGAGAUGAUGCGGGCGCUGAACAAAAUGAAGGACAAGCUGGCCCGGGAGUCCCAGGAGCUGCGCCAGGCUCGAGGACAAGUGGCAGAGCUGGUGGCCCAGCUCAAUGAGCUCUCAACAGGCCCUAUAUCUUCCCCGCCUCCCCCUGGGGGCCCACUGACCUUGUCUUCCUCCAUGACAACCAGUGACCUGCCUCCACCCCCACCUCCUCUUCCCUUUGGCUGCUGCCCUCCACCCCCGCCCCCUCCCCUUCCACCUGGGGGGGCCCCUACUCCCCCAGGUGCUCCACCUUGCUUUGGCAUGGGCCCACCCCUCCCUCAGGACCCCUACACCAGCAGUGAUGUCCCACUCAGGAAAAAGCGUGUCCCCCAGCCUUCCCACCCACUGAAGUCCUUCAACUGGGUCAAGCUGAAUGAGGAGCGUGUCCCUGGCACCGUAUGGAAUGAGAUAGAUGACAUGCAGGUAUUUCGGAUUCUGGACCUAGAGGAUUUUGAAAAAAUGUUCUCAGCUUAUCAGAGGCACCAGGUAAGACCCUGCCCCCUCUGGUCUCUUGGGCUGCACAUGCAGAUGUUUGGCCAGAGGAAGUGUGGAAGGGGUGAGCUGCGCAAGGUCAAAGAGCUGUCCGUCAUUGACGGCCGGAGGGCCCAGAACUGCAUCAUCCUUCUCUCCAAGUUGAAGCUCUCUAAUGAGGAGAUCCGGCAGGCGGUGUUGAAGAUGGAUGAGCAGGAGGACCUCGCCAAGGACAUGCUGGAGCAGCUUCUCAAGUUCAUCCCUGAGAAAAGUGAUAUUGACCUCCUCGAGGAGCACAAGCAUGAGAUUGAGCGGAUGGCCCGCGCUGACCGCUUCCUCUAUGAAAUGAGCAGGAUUGACCACUACCAGCAGCGACUACAGGCCCUCUUCUUCAAAAAGAAGUUCCAGGAGCGGCUAACUGAGGCCAAGCCCAAGGUGGAAGCCAUCCUGCUGGCCUCCCGGGAGCUGAUCCGCAGCAAGCGUCUAAAGCAGAUGCUUGAGAUCGUCCUGGCCAUUGGCAACUUCAUGAACAAAGGGCAGCGUGGGGGUGCCUAUGGGUUCCGGGUGGCCAGCCUCAACAAGAUCGCUGACACCAAGUCCAGCAUUGACAGAAACAUCUCUCUGCUCCAUUACCUGAUCAUGAUCCUGGAGAAGCAUUUCCCUGACAUCCUGAACAUGCCUUCAGAACUGCAGCAUGUUCCAGAAGCUGCCAAAGUCAACCUGGCAGAGCUGGAAAAGGAGGUGGGCAACAUCAGGAAGGGCCUGAGAGCAGUCGAGGUGGAGCUGGACUAUCAGAGGCGCCAGAUGCGGGAGCCCAGUGAUAAAUUUGUCCCAGUCAUGAGUGAUUUCAUCACAGUGUCCAGCUUCAGCUUCUCAGAGCUGGAGGACCAGCUAAAUGAGGCCAGGGACAAGGUAAGGACACAUCCAGUCCCCACUCUGACCCCAGCCUCACCCCCACGCCUAUUGCUUUCCAAUUCAGCUUUAUCUAAACACAGAUUCCUUCACCCAUUCCUGCCACAAAUGGCCGGGAAGGGACAGACCCAGAGUCACAGAACUUUGAGAAAAACAUUUCCUCACUCCCACAAGACAAGCAAUAAUGGCAGACUGUCGGGCAGCGCGCUGGAGGAGGGAGGCGAGUUCGACGACCUGGUGUCGGCUCUGCGUUCCGGGGAGGUUUUCGACAAGGACUUAAGCAAGCUCAAGCGCAGCCGCAAGCGGUCAGGGAGCCAGGCCCUGGAAGUCACCCGGGAACGGGCAAUAAACAGGCUAAAUUAUUGACUGGGACUGGCCAGGAGACAGGGAGCUGAGUAGAGGGGCUGAGUAGAGGCGGCGGUGAUACGUCAUUUGGUGCUCCGGUUGAGGCCCGGGCUGGGCCCCAGGCAGAGGAUGGUGUGUGGCUGGACCAGGUGUCCCCCGGCUACUCACCAGGGGCCCCUGUCUUCUCCCCUUCACAUGAUUCUUUUUGCAUCAGAGCCUGGAGUCAUCUCUGAGGCUGGCUUAGACAUCCCUGGCAGGCCCCAGGCCUCAAGCCAGGUAACCCAGCCUGAAGGUCCUGCUCCCUACCCUCAC